AUGACAGCAGACACUCUCACGGCAAUUCCUCUGCCCGACGCUCCUCUGGGAGCCACCAUCCAGCUGCCCACCGGCAUCACCGAUCCGGCGGAUCUGAACGACGCCGACUUCCAGAAGCUCAAGGAGGCGCUCAUGACAUACUCCGUGGUGGUGAUCCCCGACCAGGCCAAGCUCAAGCCAUCGUCGCAGUACGCCAUCACCAAGCGAAUGGAUCCUUCCUGCGGAGAGGGAGCAUACGGCCACUCCAAGGAGUUCCGACACAAGCAGUCCGUGCUGGCCAAGGACGGUCAUUCAGUGCCCCACCAGCCCCAGGUCCAGAUUCUCGGCCAGGGAACCCACUACAACCACGAGGGCGUCGACCAGCUGACCCUCACCCACCCCAUCCACGACACCUUCCACAAGAACGUGCUCACCGACGAAGAAAAGGCCCAGGGAUACACCCGGUUCUACCGAUGGCACAUUGACUCGGCACUGUACGGACUUUCCCCCCCUGUCUGCACCACUCUGCUCGGAAUCGACGUGCCCCCUUCCUCCAAGCACCAGAAGGUCAAGUACACCGACACCGGCGACGAGCUCGAGCUGACCCAGGCCGCCACCUGCUUUGUGUCUGGCGCCAAUGCAUUCAAGCUGCUGUCGCCAGAGGACCAGAAGCUGGCUUUGGAAUCUACCGUCGUCUACGCUCCCCACCCUUACAUCUUCAUCUCGCCUGCCAAGGCUACUGAUGAUGGUCUGACUAUGGUCAGCGAGGGCAAGGAGAUGGAUCUCGAAAAGCUGCCCGAAUGGGAGGAAAGCAAGGUCAAGCGACUGCCCAUGGUCUGGACCAACCCCGUCACCGGCGAGCAUCAUCUGCAGGCCCACGGCUGUUGUGUCCACAAGAUUGAGCGAAAGAACGGCGAGGUUUUGCAGCUCGAGGACGCUCGAAAGGAGUUGUAUCGAAUCAUGCGACCCAACAUUGAUCCCAAGUACGUCUAUGCCCACUCGUGGAAGGCCGGCGAUCUGGUGCUGUUCCACAACCAGGGUGUUUGGCACUCCGUCACCGGUCAGUUUGCUCCUGACGAGAAGCGACUCAUGCACCAGUGCAACAUUGCUUCUGGAGUUGAUCCCGUGUGCAACGCCUAA